GACAUGUCGGGACAUUAGGCUCUUCACGGAGGUAGAUAAGCUUCACUGGCUGUGGUGUUGUGUCACCAAACCGGACUGUAAUACGUAGACUCACAGUAUAGAAGGUUCCGUGCAGUAUAGAUAUAACAUAGUGUGCUUUAGUUCGCAAAGGAAAGGAAUGUUUAACAGCUCAGCACAUUAUUCAAUUACCAGAACACAAGGCUGUACCAGUCUGGACCAACACGCGGUGUUACGAACAGCCCGGAUAUCUCGAAGUGCCAGGAAAUCACCAAAAGACUUUCACGGAGUAGCGGCUGGUUCUAAAACGUAAUACAUGGGUGUGACACAGAUCUCAUUUCAAAACGCUUUCGUAAUUAGUAUUACGUGUUCUAAAUAAAGUGGAAAGCACAACAGCUUUUUGUUGGAUAGAGGUUAAUCCCGUUUGACAUGUUUGUGGGAGUAGAUUCCAUGAUUCUGUGGAUGAAUUCUGUUUGACAUAUUUCUGUGGAUGACAUUUCUUUGACACAGAUCUCUAAACGAAUUCUGUCGGUGACGGUGCUUUGGACGAUUGUAAACCACAUGUGAGUUACUGUGUCAACACUAAUGAAAUACGGGUAACAUAUUACAUCCAGUGUGUGUGUAUAUAUAUACACACUGUAGUAACAACAGUUGGUGUUAAUAGAUUAUUGCUGCAACAAGCAGGACUGUGUUAGUGUUUGAGUAACAACAGUUAGUUGAAAUACAUUGCUUAUAAUACCCCAGGAUUAUGUUAGUGUUUGAGUAACAACAGUUGAAAUACAUUACUUAUAAUACACGCAGGACUAUGUUAGUGUUUGGCCUGUUCGAGGGGGAGAGGGUGACGGUGGACGUUCCCCCGGGCGCCACUGUGAAGGACGUGAAGAUCAUGAUUCAGGUGCGACUCAACAUCCCCAUGGACGUCUGCAGACACGACCAGAAGAUCCUCGUGCUCACGUACGGCGGCGCAGACCUCGGAGACGACUGGAUAUUCAGCGAUCUCGGCAUCGUCCCUGGAACCACGGUGCGCAUCCAGUUGAAGGAGGAAAUCAAACCUGUCCUCUACAUCCGCUGUUCCCAUAACAAGGAGGUGGUGAGCAUAGUGGGGAACAUUAACGUCAGCCGCAUGCCCGUGAAAGACUUACGAACCAUUGCUCAGAACAAGACCGGGCUUCCCAUGGCAAUAUUUCGUCUUACGACUUUAGAAGGCCGGGAGAUGUACGACGGACACUGUUUGGACGAAUACGGCCUAGACGUGGGCCAAACGUUGAAGCUGGAGAAUUGGGAUGGAUAUAACGAAUUCAUCAACUUAUGUAUAAUGGGUUUCACGCCUCAGGUGUUGUCGCAACUGUCCUCGGACGAGGUUGUUUGUAGAUUCCAAACCAAAGUCGCUCUCUUCAUAGCUUCCCACUUCGGAAACGUUGACCUUGCUCGUUGUAUGUUGAGGCAGGGCGCAAGUUCCUCCGAGUCAAUAGGUGAGCACCCACAGAGGAUGUGGUGUAAGGCGGAGUCCCACAUCGAGACUUACAAAGCCCCCAUGCACCAGGCCACAGAGAUGGGUCAGCUGGGGAUACUGCGACUGUUCGUCAACCACGACGUCACGUGUCUGCUGGCUAAGGACGGAAAUGGACUGGCUGCAAUUAACCUAGCUCUCAGAAAGAAGAUCAAGCCGUGCGCUUCAUUCCUGCUUACCAAACAGAUGAAUCGCGUAAACUUUUCCAAAAACCAGUCGUUUAGCUUGGUCACUUACCAUCGUAUCAAAUGCUGGUGUGAAACUGCAAAAGAGAAAGCUUAUCUGAAAUACGGCUUUGCUAAAUCGUCUCUAAAGCGUCGUAGCUUCAAUGGCCCGCUUGUCGGGUACGGCAUUAUUGUGGAUGGGUUCUCUACCAGUCCCAUGAAUGGAAAGCCGAAGAUGCAGAUCAUAAGAGAAGACAAGGAGAAACAGAAACCUUCCAGGUCCGUGCGUCAGUUGUCGAAUCUGACGCAGUCUCAGGACCCUGACCACUACUUCAGACAGGCUGGGGCAGUGCUCAAACUGAAGGCCUUACAAAUGGACAAAACCCCGGACCAGAAAUUGAAAAAGAUGUUUGACAAAUCUAAACCAAAUCCUGCUGUUCCAACAAAACUCACUCAAAUCAAGGACUUGGUCAACAGCGAGACGGAUGAAAAAUUAUCAAAAUCACCGUCGACGAAGACGCACGAUGGGACUCUUUACACAGCAUCGUCCUCUAACUCCGAACAGCUCAAAUUUCCGUCUAUAAGCGAACAAUCGCGGCGACUGAAAAUCGCUAGUCUAUCCACUGCUAACGUCAGCAUGUCACAACGAGAGGAGCUGGCGAGCGAGAGCAGUCGAACAGACGAUAAAUCGUACCCGAAGUCGAAACGUGCCUACUUCCAUCCGACUCAAAGCAAGCUGUUCAAGUCGAUGCCAAACGUGAACCUCACGAUUACCGACAGAAGCGAAAAGUCCCAGAACCCAGACACGGUGACCUCUGUCACUUCUACUUCCAGCGUCGCAGACGAAGGGUCCAAAUCCGAUGACGUCACGCCGGACAGCAGCGUGAAGAAGCGUAAGGUCAGACGGAAAAGGUUGACGUCUGCGGUUAUGCUUUCGAAAGCCAAAGGCACGGAGAACGCCAUUCCACUUCCACUGAUCAGCAACGAGACGGACAGCCGACCUUUCUUUUAUCUUAACGGGCAGCGAGAGGAUGAGUAUUUCGGCCCGCUCAUGGAUCUCAUUUCCCGCUCAAAGGGAGCUAAUUCUCGCGAGCGAGCUAUCAAAUCCAUGUCCAUUGCCAACUCAUUCAAGGAAAAACCGUGGCUCUGUCAGAUCAGAAUGGCUCUGUCCAUGAACUCCAAGUCUGUGAGACGAAACGCUAGCAGUGCACAAGCUAGAAAACAUAUAAAAGCUUCGUAACAUCCGUUUAAAUAUGUUGAAAUUAAAAUUAAACGAAACAGUAUUAUGGAUAUUACGAAUUCUAGGACUGUGGUAAUCGUGAGUCAAAGAUCAUGACGACUGUCAUUGUAACUCUAGAAUAAUCAGUUGACAAAACGGUUCGCUAGACUGAACACGAUAGUCUGCGAAAGCGGACCGUAUAAUGGAUGUGUGACGGACAACGUGAAGGUUACACACCACCAUUAAUUACUCCAUGCAGUAUUUAAAAAAAACAUAUUAGAAUUUUUUAGGUGUUUUUUUUAUAAGUAACUAUUUCCUAAACCGGACUAUAUUAAGCUGCUACAGCAAGUAACGACACGACAAAUGGUGGUGUGUUACAUGAACAUUCGUUUAUUUCGGCGGAAUGGUAUCUUUAAGAAAUCGUUGACUACAUUUAUUUAUAAGAUGAUAUUACACGUACCUGUUUUUGUUUUGUUUAUAAUAUAAUACAGUUGAUAU